AUGAUGUUCACCAGCUACUUCGCUCUGUUCCUCACGUCCAUCCUGGCGUCCGCCGCCAUUGCACGACCACAGGUUAGAGUUCAAGGCGAGGGCCACGGAGGCGAGAGCCACCCCAUGCCCCUAAAAUCCCGCGUUACCGCCUUCAUCAACACGGACAACGGCAUCCAGGUCGAAUGCUGGGAAAUCGGCGACAUUCUCCCAGACAGCCGUGGUGUCCCCCAUGGUCUUCGCAUGGCAGCCUCACUGGAGUCAUUUGACAUCAUGAUGUGGCCGUCCCACGGCACCAUCUAUUCACCUGACAGGGGAAGCGAGGCCGGCAGCAUUGGGGAGAAGCCGACUCUCAACAAAAUCGAGCAUGGCAUGGUGCGGUCCCGUAUCCCCGGCCACCCCAGCACUGUGCACGGGAGCCAGGAAUCCGAAGAACACUGGCACUUUGGUCCCAACAAUGGCGACGACUGGUUCUACUUCGACGACAUGUCCAGCAGCCGUGGCCGUGGCCGUGCCGGUACCCCGGCCGCUUGUACCAAUCCCAGAGCUCUUCCUGCUACUACUACUGCCGAGGGACCGCGUUUGGAAGCUAUGAGUAACACGAUGACGUCGCUGAUUUCGCUGGUCUAUAGCGAUACGCCGCCUCAUAGGAAGAUGCAUGAUGGAAGUUGCGCUCUGACUGGGCUCAAGCCGGUCGAGGGCAGGCAUGGGAAGGAUGAGGAUGAGUCGAAUUCUGUUCGACAGUACUAG